AUGCAACCUGGUCGGUUUGGAACACCUGAAUUCACUCCAGACUUCAUCAGAAUAAUGAUAGUGGUGGCCUUAGCUCAUGACACGAGCUCGUGGAAGGAUAUUAUGGAGACGUGUGACCUUCCUAGUGGCACUUAUAAUUCACAGUGGAUAGUUGUCGACUACCAAAAAGCGAAGGAAGCGGUUGAUGACAAGUUGAACCAGCUUCCAGAUGGAACUGUGUUGGUCAUGGAAGGCGCUCCUGGAGCAGAGGAGAACGAAUACGGAGUGUUCGAGUCGCGAGAUAUGUCCGAUCAUGUGAGUCAGAGCGGUCACUAUGCGGGUUUCAAUGAGGCUAUGUUGCCAACGACGAGGCGGCACUUGGGAUAUGACAGUCCCUAUCCCCAAGAUGAGCGUUAUGGUGUUUUCCAACAACUUGCACCGAUGGUUCAUAAUGUUGCUACUAUGUAUUCGGUGAUGCAAUUUAACGAACCGGGAAAUAGAGGAAGUAUUGCGCCAUUGAAUGCUGAGGAUGGCGGCGCUGAUGUGAAGAUCACCAACUUGGCUACGAUGAAGGAGAAGGGCGGUACGUGGGCGUACAGCGGUCCGCCGCGGGUCGGCGGAUAUGAAGUCGAUGCUAAAGCGAGAAGAGACGAGUAUGUUCAGCAAGAGAUGGCCUAUUACUUCGAAGCUCCCCAGGCUAGGCCCAGUUGGGAGUUCCCACUAGUACUUUUCGUCGCCCAAGAUCAGCGUAUGUGUGUGUCGAAACGAUGCCAACCAGAUUUCGUGACGGACCCGAGGGAAUUAAAUGCGAGUAGCCCUAGGGUGUCCAUGAGUAUGAACGGUGAUGAUUGCCAUUAUCUUUGUGUGGAAGAGGAGUGA